UGUGUACUAUCUACAAUCGCAUAUUACAUCGUUGCAUCUUUUUCCGAUCGAUAACGUUAGAAAGGGAUAAAAGGUUGGUAGAUAUCUACCAUACUGUAUGUCAGCCUAUUUCAGUAUUCGCUGUUUCUAAAGUCAAUCAGUUUCCUCAUUACUGUACUGUUUCGAUUGGACAAGUUUGGCACGUGAUAUUCAAGUAACUUAAGUACAUAGGUGUGACUUGUCAGCUGAUACAUCGUCGGGAUAUAUUAAAUUAAUAAUUGUUCACGUAAAUUUAUUCUGUUGUUCCUUAUUUCUCUAUAAUUAUGGCUCUUCAUUCUGCGGGAAAGGGUAAACUUCUUGCUGUGAUCGGAGAUGAGGAUACUUGUGUGGGAUUUCUUUUAGGUGGAAUUGGCGAGAUUAAUAAACAUCGUCAACCCAAUUUUAUGGUUGUAGAUAAAAAUACAGCUGUAAGUGAUAUAGAAGAAACAUUUAAACGUUUCAUUAAACGAGAUGAUAUUGAUAUUAUACUUAUUAACCAAAAUGUUGCUGAAAUGAUACGUCAUGUAAUUGAUAGUCACACACAGCCUAUACCAUCAGUAUUAGAAAUUCCAAGUAAAGAUCAUCCAUAUGAUGCUAGUAAGGACUCUAUCUUAAGGCGUGCUAAGGGAAUGUUUAAUCCAGAAGAUAUACAUUAA